GGUCGCUGAGUAUGAAGAACACAAGCAGCGUUUGAUGUCCUUGAAGGAGCGGCGGAAGGUACAAGCAGUGCGUGAAUCUCGGAGACUGGAUUUUGCUUCUGAGAAAGUGAAACUUCUACGAGAGGCGUAUGACCUUCUGAAGACGCUGGGACAAGGGGAUGACGUCACUGAAGUUCCUGGAAUCAUUGACAAGGAAAAUCAAGACAUUGAGAAACAGGAAGAGAUUGUUGCUAAAGAAAAGACAAGGCUCCACCAUCAAAGACCUGGACAAAAUCGACAUUUACAUCCCUUUCGAGUUCUCCCCCUUUGACCUCGACGUCACGCCGGACACACUGCCCUCUGGCACUAGGUUCCUGGCCAAGGGAAGUAACCCACGUCUGCUCAGCGCCACAGACCUGAAGCCUGCGAUAGCCGAGCUGAAACAGUUCGGAGAAUCCUUCAUGGAGCACUGGGGGGACGCAGCCUCGGCCACGACUACGUCAGAGAAAGGAAAACAGUUUGAAGAUGAUGAGAUUUUUAUGGAGACUCAGGAUGAGAGCGAGGAAAACUGGCCGAAGUGGGACUGGGCACAGGACGGACUUCUUGGUCUAUCCGGGGAGAGAGUCGUUCGUCUCAAGCAUAAGCUUACUGACCUCAGAGACGAGCUCAGAAAACUCAACGCAGAGGGGAAGAGACUUGUGUUCAGAAACCCAGAGGACUACCUAGCCCGUAAGAAGGCCAGAGAGGAAGAGGAAAAGUCUGAGAAAAGUCGGGUGGAGCGACGCUCUGUGACCGACAGAAUCCGGACCAGAAGUGCGGGAACUUCCAAAGGGUCCCGCUACAGCUACGCAGGGGAGAGAACUCUCACCUCCGAGGACGCAGCACAGGCGGCUCGUGAGUACCGCCUCAAGCGUCGUUCUCAGAACCUUGACUCCGCCUCGUCGUCCCCCGAGGUAGGCAGGUAUCUGGUGGACCGGUCCUCGCGCCUCAACCGCGGCUCCGUAGGGCCCUCUUCUUCUGCGUCUGACGAGGCGUCGCUGUCCAGACAGAGCUCGCUGUCUUCCGUGGACCAGCAGCCGUCCGUGUCCGGCAAAGUCGCCACUCAGAGGUUGGAGGAAGACUCCGCCGCACUCACAGCAGUAUCGCCUUCUUCAGACAAGCAAGCGCCGGUUCUAGAUAAGACAGUAGUUGUAGAGAGAGCAACAUUCUCAGAAAAGACGACAUUCGCAGAAAAGACUACAUCCCCAGAGAAGGUCGUAGUUACAGAAAGAUCAGCAGUCUCUGAAAAAGCAGGAGUCCCGGACAGGGCAGCUACAGUCUCUCCUAAGCCUGACAGUUCAGACGUGUUGAAGUUAAAGUCGAGUCGCCGCAAAGACGACUUGUCACUUGAGCUAGCCUCUGUUGCUCUGGGAAGGGCCAUUACUGUAGAACAAGUACCGACCCCAGUGUCGGCAGAGAGGGCUAAACAAUUAGAACUCGCAGCUCAAGCAAGAUCACGGGGACAACGUGAAACGUCUGGAAACGAACGUUCGAAAACCCCAACGUCACCAGAACCGAAUCGAGACGGCCAGGUUUCAGGCAAGGUUACUCCUUCAGCGCCCUCACCUCGGGAGACUGGUCUGAGAAUCUCCACAAAGAAAAGCCGCGCGCCCCCACCUCCUCCAUCAGCCACAUCCCCCGUUAACAGACCUACCACGUCACCGGUCAAUGUUGUCAACGCUGGGAUCUCAGUCCCCGACGGUAAACCGUCCUCACCAGACAUCACAGCUUCGUUGUGUGUAGGGUCGAGUGUGAAAACACAGCCGCGUGGCUCGCCAAGAAACGACACUGUUGAGUCGAAGAAGGCAACCGACUUGAACGGUCAAGUCACGAUCAAGACUUCUCAGACAGCUGUGGCAAGUCGAGUGGCCAAAACAGUCGAGGUGCCAGUGAAGGCUCCAGAGAACAAAACGGGCCAAAACCCACAAAGCUCCCAACCUCAACGACCGCCGAGGCUCAAAAAGCGCACCGGGUCAAGCUCGAGUGAGAGUGCGAAGACCUCCUUAGCCCCCUCCCCGCCGUCACCCGCAGUGGACGCAAGCCUGUCUAUAACUUCUACUUCUGUCACUCAGAAGAAUAGUUCGAUCAAAGAAGUUUCGGGGAGAAACAGUCAAGAUUCCAAGGCUGAAACGAAGACAACCGUUCGUCCUUCUGUGGCGAGAGAGAAGAACGAAAUAGAAACGAAAAGGCGUUCAGUAACGGAGAAACAGGUCCCUGCUCCAGAGCCAGUGUCUCCCUCCAGACGUACCAACGAGAUAAAACAGCAGGAAAACGUUUCUCCGCCCACCGCGACUGUCGCAAUAACUAGAAACGAGUAUUCGGCGGGCAGGAAGGAAGAGUUGAACUCAACUUAUUCGCUGUCUGACUCGAAAAAAGAUUUUCGGAAAAUCUCUGAGACGACUAUUGAAACGAAGAAAACUUCUCCUGCUAGAGGCACACGGAUAGAAACAAAUGUGUCGGAAACCUUCUCAAGUAACGUGGUGAAACUUGAACCCGACACCAAGAAAACUGCGUCUAUUGAAUCUUCGACGAAAAGCAUGCUCAAAACCCAGCAAGGAUUCUCUGAGGUCAAUUCUUUAUCUUCUGAAACCUCCCCACGAAGUCGAGACGCCAUGGCUCAGCUCAACGUCGACUUUGACUUCAACAAGCGACCUCAAGGAGGGGACAUAACUCCCAGCGAACCCUCCGACUCUGACGCGGAGAGUAUUCCACCCCCUUUGCCUAACUCCGCCCCUCCCCCUCUCCCUCUAGGGGGGCCGCCGGUUUUGGGCACGCCAAAAGAUGAUCAGGAAGACGAAGAAGAAGUGGUCAUGGUGGAAUACACUGUUCCAGUCCAGAUGAGCGUUGGAGAAAACGGAGUAACCAAAGUCACAACACUUUCCUCUUCCUCGACCACCUGUACAGAACGCAGAGUGGAAACCCGUUCUUCUCCUGAUCGCCCAUCACAGCUGUCUACCCAAAACAUGGAUGACGAAUCUACCACUAAGGUCAAAACUGUGUCCGACUUGAGGUCUGACUUCUUCGGUCUGAAGUCUCCACGCAGCCCUGACGCCGAGAAGAGCAGCUUCAUCAGCAGCAGCGACAAGGAAAAGGCGAAUUUUGAUGCGUUCCUCAACGAUCUCAGCACUGAGAAUAGGGUCAACCGAAAGUUGAGCUCGGACGGUUCAGUUGAUUCGGACGUCUCUGAUGACACCGACAGUGGCGUGCACAAAGAUGGAGGAUACAGCGUGUUUUCUCCAGGUGACAGUGGUGUUCUCACUUCCAGCAUCGCUAGCACCCCAGAUGAUAACGGCGACAACGACGGCAUACUGCUUGUCUCACACACAGCUAGGGACGCUUUCGCCAACGGAAGUAACAUCAGCAACAACAGUAGCAACACCAACGGCAACAGCAGUGUCGAAAGACUGAACAACAACAACAACAAAAAUAACAACAGCAGCAACAACAAAAUCAACCCUCCUUUAUUGUCAUCUCAGAAGAAGGGCCAACUUUCCACCGACAGCACCGAGUCUGCGUUUGAAGACACCUUUUCUAUCUCGUCUUCCUCAUCAUCAAAGUUAUCCUCCCGACCAAAAGGGUUGAACGAAGGAAACGAAAACGAGGAGGCUCCCAAACAGUUGUCUUCCGUCUCUCAAAACUCCUCUUCGAACCUUUCGGACGUCUCUUCAGGUGCCAAAAGACCAACGUCUUUCAACCAAUCGAAGACAAAGCAAACCGCCCCCGAGCCGUCAGCGGGCAGUGUCGGUUCUCCAGUGGCGACUGCUGGAACUGUGAACUGGACUACCGUGGAAGACAGAAAUAUAUCUGAGAAGAGCCGAGAGAUCGUGGACAAAGCGAAACACUUUGCAGAAAUGGUGCAGCCCAAACACGUGAUGGUCAUGAAACGGGAGAAAGAGGUGGAAGAUGACCUGAGCCAGGCCAGCAUGCAGGGACUGGAGAAGGAGCGGCGGUCCGUCAUCUCCCAGAGUGUGGUCAAGAGGAAGGUCAACCACGUCCUCUCGCCCUCCUCCGAACUCCCACCGACCUCGGAACUCCCGCCCGAGAGCGUGGACUCUGAUGAUUCCACAGACAGUGACCGUACAGGCCUGAGGAGCGGGAACCCCAGCGAGUACGGCUACAUCUACAGCGUCGACCGACCCGCACCCCCACCAGAAGUUGGCUGGGAGGAGAAGCAAGGAGGGGAGGAGCAAACCAUCAACCUCUACAGCGAGAACGUGGUAAAGGAAGGGGAGACGACCGAGUCUGUGAAUAGAGAGUCUAUAGCCAACCUUGCCAGCACGCGCCAGCAGUGGGAAUCGAAAUUCACGUCACAGAGCCCCGAUCAGGGCGGGUCUACAUCAGGGUCGAACACACUCAAGAAGAAAGCCGCUCCCAAAUGGGAGGUUCGUUUGCCUUAUAAAGAGAAACAUUCGGCCCCGCCCCCUUCGUCGGAAGAAAUAGCGUCAUCGGCCAACGGGCACGUUUCUAGUUCUGAGCAGGAGGAAGACAACAUGCCCAAAAUCACGGACAAUGAGAGCGCCAUCGAGCGAGAGAUUCGCUUGGCGCACGAGCGGGAGGAGAUGUUGAGGAGGGAGAAAGAGGAGAGACAGGUGGCGAUGGAGAAACAGAAGCAGCAGCAGCAACAGCAACAGCAACAGCAACAGCAACAGCAACCUCCACCACCUAAGAGCACUGGACAAACGAUCAUCGCGUCGUACGAGGCUGUGUCGGCAGAGAGCGAGUCCUGUCAGCCGGCCUUCAACGAGCUCACGGAGGCUGACAGGGGGCCAGACUUGUGGGGAGGGAGACAACAGCAGGAGGAGGACGAGGAGAGUGGCGAUGAGACGGUUGAGGUGGACCCGAACGAGAGCAUCAUAGAGCGAGAGAUUCGUCUACAGAGGGAGAGAGAGGCAGAGCUCUCCCGCCAGAGACAGCAGCUCGGAGGGGAGACUAGACAGCAGCAGCAACAGCAGCAGCAACAGCAACAACAGCUCGUAGAGAUAGAGCAGGAAGAACAGCGUGUUCCUUCUCCGGUUGUGGAUGUUUCGGUGACAACGACGAGCAGGUCCCAGGAGGAGUAUGAAGACAUCAACCACAACCAGAGGAAGAGCAUGAGCUACGAGGAGGCCCCACCCACACCAAGCGACGGGGAGAGCAUCAUAGCUCGCGAGCUUCGCGAACUCAAAGAGAGAGAGGAGGAGAUGAGGAGAAUGCACAGCUCUCUCAGAGGCGUACAAAUAUCACAGGACGAGACAGACUCCGCCCCCGAACCGCCCCCACCCUCUCAGCCAACCCCACAGAAGCCGGUCAGUCUGGGCGUCACCCAACAGUCUCGUGUUUCAGCCCCAAGCCACGCCCCCUCCCCAUCUCCUUCUCAAGGCACGUGGCAGAGGGAUGUUUCGCCGUUCGUGAACAAUCGUCGUGGUUCUGUUGAUUCUACGUCAAGCCACAGCACUGGACGCACCCCAUCUGAACACACACCGUCGAGAAACGUUCGCGUCCAGCCCUUGUCCGACGGCGUGGAGGAGGACGACGAUGACAAACCAAACUAUUUCCAAAAAGUGGAAACGCCGAUUGAGAGAGAGAUGAGGCUGUCAAGGGAGAGAGAGAACGAACUCCGACGUUCCAAAGGCCUGCCCGAGCUGGCAGUCAAAGCGGAAGACGAUUACUACGCCUCAUACGGUUCACCCUCCGACGCCGACUCCGGAAAUUCCCUCUCUCGCCCGCGAAGUAUGGGCCAGCCCAGCUCUUCCAUGAAGAAAUUCGCCUCGAACAGGCUGCAACAAGAGCUGGUGAAGCAGAAGGAGAGAGAGAUGACACUACGCAGCGAAGGCAAAAUCAUCUCCACGUCGGAGGAGCACAUUCAGCCUUUGAAUAAGUACAUGGAGGUUACGGGCCUUGACAAAGCAGACGGCUCGGCCAAAAGAAACUUUGUGACAAAAAGAUCGUCGUUGUCGUACACGUCACCACAAGAGGAGGCGCCGACGGUAGAGGUCGCUUCACCGAGCACGCCGACUGGUGCCCCAGGGAAAAAGGGCGUGGCAGCAGCUGCGGGAGGACAGCUUUUCUCCUACAAAGAGUUCAAACAGACGGCCGAGUCAAAGAUCGAGAGGGAGCUCCGGGAGAUGAGGGAGAGAGAAGAAGAACUACG